UAAUGUCAAGGAAACGUUACGAAACAGCGUAACCUGUUGCUAGUAUUUAUUAAAUUUACAAAUCUUUACGAUACACAGAAAGACGACGAUAAUGUGGUUGACAAAUCAGGUUACUACUUUCUUGGUAUUAUUUACGUUAUUUCUAAGUAAAAACUCGUAUAUCGAGGGUCAAGAACAGGUUAAAUAUGCCGUAAAAAGAAGAAGCCAUUCGGAAAGUUUGGUUUCAGCAAACAAUAAAUUAUCUUUUAAAUUAUUAAAUACUAUGGAAAAUGGUAAGAAUAUUUUCUUCUCGCCUUUUAGUAUCCACUCAGCAUUAUCCAUGCUUAACGAAGGUGCGAAAGGAGUAACAUCUCAAGAGAUAAGGGAUGUUCUCGGUUACGAUAUAACUGGUGUUAAUAGUAACACUACUUCGAGAGAUUUUAACGUGUUACUACGUCUUAUAGAGAGUUUCGGACCCGAAUAUCAAUUGCAAGUGGCAAAUGCUUUACUUACUCAAUCGAAUUAUCCGGUGUUUAAGGAGUUUGUUACGAAAAUAAGUGAAGAUUUUAAAGCUUUCGUUAAGAAUAUUAAUUUCGAAACGGGUGAAGAUUCCGUUAGAGAAAUUAACAAUUGGAUAAACGAUGCCACUGGUGGAAAGAUAAAGAGCAUUAUUAAAGAAAUCAAAGAAGAUACUAAAGCCUUAAUACUAAAUGCAGUCUACUUUAAAGGUUCCUGGGAAAAUCCAUUCGAUGAGAAGAAUACAGAAAAUAUUAUUUUCUAUAACAAUGGUAUUAAUCCAGUUAACAGUCCCAUAAUGAUUAGGGAAAUAAGUAAAUGCAUGUAUACUAGAAAUACGGAAGAAGGUUUCCAUGCCGUAUCACUUCCGUAUAAAGGUAACGAUGUAGAAAUGAUAAUUAUUUUACCAUUGCCAAAAUAUACCAUAAAUAAUAUACGAUUAUCGAAUGAAAAGAUGGAAGAGAUUAUCUCAAGCAUGAGAAAUUUCAAAGUGAUUGUUAAACUACCGAAAUUUACUAUUGAAUAUUUUAGGGAAUUAAAAGAAGAUUUAAUAACAUUGGGAAUGAAACAAGCAUUUACAAAUUUCGCUAAUCUUUCGGGGAUUAACGAAGAUAAAAGGUUAUUUGUUAAAAGUGUUUUACACAAAGCUGUUAUAGAAGUGAACGAAAGAGGAAGUGUUGCAACAGGAACCACUGCCGUAAUUGUCGGAACUAGAAUAAGCCCUGUGCUAUUUAUAUGUGAUCAUCCUUUCCUCUUCGUUAUCCGCGAUAGAAGAACAAGGAUGAAUCUUUUCAUCGGACAGAUUAAUCAAUUGUAAACAAACAAAGCUCGUUUUGCUUCCAUUAAAAAAAACACCUUUAUUCGAUGUUAAAUUUUUAUAAUGUAUACAUAUACAGGAAUAAAAAUGA